UGCUGCUGAGUGCACAGACAAGCCUGCUGACAAAAUGGACCAUGAAAUACUAGGAAGUAUUGUCCUGCUUGCCAUAGUCACCUUGAUAAGUGUUGUCCAAAACGCUUUUUUUGCUAGCAAAGUGGAGCACGAAAGUAAGCACUGCAAUGGCAAAGGGUUCCAGCGGCCGGGAUCCUCCGCCUUCGAUCGCGUCUACACUGCCAACCAAAACUGCGGACAUACGUACCCUACGUUUCUCGCCGUGCUCUGGUGCGCUGGGCUGCUUUGUAGCCAAGCUCCUGCCGCCUUUGCGGGACUGAUGUACCUGUUUGUGAGGCAGAAGUACUUUGUGGGCUAUCUCGGCGAAAGGACUCAGAGCACUCCUGGUUACUUAUUUGGAAAGCGCAUCCUUUUGUUCCUGUUCCUCAUGUCUGCAGCUGGAAUACUCAACUACUAUCUCGUCUUCUUUUUUGGAAGUGACUUUGAAAUGCACAUAAAAACAAUAACCAGCGCAAUCUCGCCAUUGCUGCUCAUUCCGUAACUUUUCAUUGCACUGAGGGGGUCAGCAUGCUUAAUAUAUUGAUGCCCAGAAGUAACCAUAAUUCAACUGUUUAAGCAAUGAACCUAUAACCCUUUUAGAUUGCUGUAAAUCUAAUGCUCAGUGGGCUUUGUAGUUUGAUUUAACCUUGUUUUUUCCUUCAAGAAAAAGAUUUAUUGUGAACACUCAGCAUGCCCCAGGAAUGGUAACAACUUCCAGUUAAUUCUUUAGAUUCCGUCUAUAAAUUGCACUUUUAAAGCUGAUUUCAUGACUGUGAGGAAUUUUUUAUGUUUUUAGCAUAACUGUGCUGUACUUAGCUCUUGUUAUGAAAACCAGGAGCCUCACAGCCUUGCUCACAUGCAACCAUCCUGACAGAUGUGCAGCUACAGCUGCCUCCUGCUGUUAUCCUCACACACCAUACACAGGCCUUCACCAUCACCCUGCACGCAGUUGCCCACACAAAGGUGCAGUCCAGCCUCUUCACCCACCGUGUCCUUUGUGCUUUUUGGUGAUCAAGCCCCCACUGGUGCCAGAGGAUGGCAAACUGGCCCCUGUCUGGUCUUCCUUGACAAACAUUCACGUGCAUAAUUCUCCUAACACUGGUCUAAUUUACCCUUCAGCCUUUUUGUGCUUGCAGAGGUGUGGAAAGCAGUCUGCUGUAGAUGAGGAUCUGGUGUCUUCAUGAUGGGGUUGGUUUUGUCUUGUUUAAUAAAGCAGUCUAAAAGGAUGAAAUCCUUCUUUUUCUCCCAUGUUCUUUGCGUAGCGCUCGACCCCGGUCCUCCAAGGCACGAACGUGCCGGUGAACGGCGCAGCAACGGGCCGGCUCACUGCGGGGCGAGCAGGGCUGGGCUCUGCGUGCGCUCGGGGCGUGCUGUGAGCACAGGCUCUAAAGGAUGCAUAUUUAGCAGCUCCUUCUCUAUUAGCACAUUUAAUUCUCUGCCUCCAUCACUUACAGUGUGGCCUUACAAGUCAAUCUCAAGGAAGAGUUUGAUUAUAGAGGCAAAUCGAGGCAGGCAAACAGACAGGCACAACCUUUUAAACAUUGCUACCAUAUGAAAGCUUAAGCUCUUAAGCCUGUCUGAUUACCACAUGCAGGAUGGAUAAAGCUGUAUUUUAUGACUCCUUCGGGAGGGACGGAGUCUGGCUGCUACGUGAGGAGAGAGUCUGCAGAGUUGUUUUCAAAAGGGAUCCAAGAAAGCAGCCUGCCUUUGUACCAAGGUUUGCGGGCAGAGGUGCUUGUGAGUGCUGCUCUCUUUAACAUCAGCCUGUGUUAUCUCUGCAUCUAACCACUCACAGUGCCAAAAUAACACAUCUUUUUUCUCUUAUCUUGUACAGGAAUGUUAGACAUGAAAGAUCAGUUGUAAAGAAAGAUGCUUUUUGCAUGAUGAUUAGCAAAUAA